AUGAAAUGUCUAGUUUCCUUGGAAUUUGAUCCGACAUCGAAAUUUGUAACAACAGAUGGGAUUUUUCCAUGGUAUUUUAUGUAAUCUUCUCCAACAGCAAAAUAUAUUUAGAUAAUUUGAAACCAAACCUGAGACUGAUAGAUCUUUUUUAACUCUUUACAUACGGAUAUAUUUCAACCGGAUUGUCGGCUGUGUAUUGAAGAAAAAUAUCGUGAUAUGCAAUGUAUAGUUUGAUGGAAGAAUGAUAGUGGAUGAUGCCACCGCUAGCUCUACAAGAAAUGAUCGAAAAUCGACGACGAGAAGUAGAUGUUGAGAGACAAACAGUUGGAGAUAACAGAGAUGGCAGAGAGGUUCCUUCUCUUGUUUUGACUGUACCAAAUGAUGCAUCCAGUAAAUCCAGAUUUCCCACGAAAGAUGGCAAACAGUUUCUUCCUCUACCGUCAUCUAAAUAUCGUUAUACGAAAUGGCAUGACAUUACUCUCAUGGAAGUCAAGGGAAAUAUGCUAAGAUCCCCGAGAAUUAGAAGAGCACCUAAAGGUUACAACGAGUCCACGCUGACUGAGCUUGAAAAAGAUGAAGACACGUCAGGAUCUUCGCGAGAUAAAUGGAAAAGACAGAAAAGACUGAGCUAUCAAAAUAAACUUGAAUGUUGGGAAACAUGUGAGGCUGUGAAUCUUUCGUUCCAAGAGUUGGGACACUCUUUUCAAUUGAAGCAAUUUCUUUCUGUUCUUCAAAAACUUAUUCGAUGUGAAAGCAUUCAAUUGAUGGACAAUGGAUUAACUGAUCUGAGUACUAUUUAUUUACCAAGGUGUAAGUUUCUAUUCCUCCAGCGGAAUUAUAUAUCCAAUCUUAAGAAACUUCCAAAAGCACCAAUGCUAGAACAUCUGUCCUUACAACAAAAUAAUAUCACAUCCUUGGAGGGUUUGAGCAUUCUUCGCAGAACAACAAUAAUUUCACUAACACUACGCGAUAAUCCAAUUGAAUUGGAUCCAGCCUAUAGAAUAAGAGUAUUUGAGCUAAUACCAAGCCUACAAGUGCUGGAUGACAUACCACGACUUCAGGAAGACACAAGAGAACCGUCGAGUUCGAGUACUUGUUGUAUUUCCUGAUUUCAAUCCUUGCUGGAUGUUGUCGAAGAGAAAAUCUUGCUCAUGUCAGGACACGGAUGAUCGUGAAGGAGUAUUCAGUCAGCAGUCGUGAUGGCGUCUUGAGAGGCAGACGAUAUUGUCGAACGCAGGAAACUAAGAAGUUUUCGUAACAAAACAUUCCGCAGGCGGUCUUCUAAAAUGAAUUCUUUUAAAUCAUUUUCAGAUUUAAAAUCAGUCGAUGAAAAUAUUUACUUUAUUUUAAAUAAUUACUGUACAUAUGUUAAAACCUAAGAGGUUUCUAAUAAUAAAUCGGACCAAUUGUCUA